AUGCCGCGCGCUGAUUGGCUGCGCUCGGACGGGGCUCCCGCCAUUGGCUGCAGCGCGGUGUCCUCAGCGCGGCCCCGCCCCCGGCGCUGGCAGGGCGCCCCCUGCUGGUCCCAGUGCUCCCAGUCCCGGUGUCGCCCUGGGGGCGUGGCCUCGGCGAGGGGGCGUGGCCUUCGCCCGGUGGGCGGGGCCGGGGGCGGGCCCGGGGCGGGCGGGGCGCGCGGCUCUCGGGUCCUUUGUUUGAGCGAGGCCGGAGCCGCGGAGCCGCCGCAGCGCCGGGGCCGGGCCGGGACCCCCGGCACCCCCGGGACCCCCCCGCGGCCGGCACCUCCCGGGACACCGGCGGCACCUCCCCCCGCACACGGCGGCAGCGGCAGCGCCGCAGUCCCAGGCCAUGGCUGGAGCGUAGCCCCUCCCCCACCGGACCGGAACAGACCCUCGGACACGCAGAGCCGGAGCCGGACGGGAGCGAUGAUUGGCUGCCGCCCGAGAGGCGCGCUGUGAUUGGCCGCUUCCCGGAGAGCGUCGCGGCAGCGGUGAGGGGGCGGGGCCUGGCCGGGGGGGC